AAUAUGAUAUUCUAAGUAAAUUUUUACUUUCUUAUUCAACAAAGUAUUUUUUGGCGAAACUAACCAUGACUGUCAUGGCGGAAGGAGAGUUUGAACUGACGGAGGGCUGCAGAUUGCCUGUUUUGCUAACUAAUGGAGAAGGAUGGCAUUGGGCUGAGAUUCUUGGGAAGAAGGAAGUCAAUGGGAAACCACUUUUCUAUGUCCAUUAUGAUGACUUCAAUAAAAGAUUGGAUGAGUGGGUACCAGAGGCUAGGAUGGACCUCAGUAAGAUGGAACAUCCUAGAAAGGAACAAAAGACACCCAAGAAAGAGAUUGGCAAAGCUUGUACCUCAUCCAGUAGACCUUGUAGCCCAGACCCAUCAGUUCUGAAUGGAACAUCUGGCUCAAACAAAAAAGCUCCUAUUGGAAGCAGGAAAAGAAAACUUGAUGACGACAUUGUGGAUCCGAUAUCUGUGCCAUCAACACCUAGUGCAAGUUUGGGUGUAGAUUCUAGUGGAAGUAGAUCAGCCACGCCAUCUAUUCCUCAUAUUAAUUCAUCUCAGGAAUUGAAUGCAGAUGGUAGUACAACACCGCUAGCACCUAGACAGACUGGUAGUAUGGUAGCUCACCAUGAUGAUGCCGUGACUAGAAUGAAAAAUAUAGAACUUAUAGAACUAGGACAGUUCAGAAUUAAACCUUGGUACUUUUCUCCAUACCCUCAAGAAUUGACAAGUACACCUAAUUUGUAUAUCUGUGAAUAUUGUCUCAAAUAUGUGAAAAGCCACAAGUGUUUAGAAAGACAUUUAUCAAAAUGUAUGUUAAGACAUCCGCCAGGGAACGAAAUAUAUAGAAAAGCUAACAUCUCUAUAUUUGAAAUAGACGGCCGGAAAAAUAAGAUAUAUGCUCAAAACCUGUGUUUGCUUGCCAAGUUAUUUUUAGACCACAAAACAUUAUACUAUGAUACUGACCCGUUCCUAUUCUAUGUGUGUUGUGAAAGUGAUAGUAAAGGGUACCAUAUAGUAGGCUACUUCUCUAAGGAAAAGGAAUCCUCAGAAGACUACAAUGUUGCAUGUAUUCUUACUCUACCACCAUACCAGAAAAAAGGUUUUGGAAAACUUUUAAUAGAAUUUAGUUACGAGUUAUCAAAGGUAGAAGGGAAGACUGGGUCGCCAGAGAAGCCUCUGUCUGAUCUGGGCUUGUUGUCGUACCGGAGUUACUGGUCACAGACUAUCACGGAAAUCCUGCUGAACCUGAAACCCGAGGAGGGCAACGAGAAACCUGUUAUCACAAUAAAUGACAUCUCAGAGUUGACGAGUAUAAAGAAAGAGGAUGUGAUCUCAACGCUACAACAUCUACAUCUUAUCAAUUAUUAUAAAGGACAAUAUAUAAUCGUACUUGCUAAAGAUUUACUAGCUGCGCAUUAUAAAUCUAUGAGUAAACGUAAAGUACGCAUUGAUCCUAAAUGUUUACAUUGGCAACCGAAGGACUGGAGUAAACGAGGCAAAUGGUGAAAUUUCGGAGGGCAAUUUCACAUCUUAACAACAUAAACAUAUAACUUAGGUUGUUUAUGUCUAAAAAUGAUUAUAUAUGAAUAUAUUCAAAAUGUAGUGAGUAAAUUCAAGAUGUAGCAAUGGAGUUUCGAGUGAUUGAUGGCUGAAGUGCAUGUCUUCAUUAUGAAAAUUUAUAAACCAACAAUAUGGUAAUGAAAUGAAACUACAUCAGUUCAGUCAGUAAACAGAAGUAAAUGAUCAGAGUAUAACAUUGGAAGUUUUUAAAGUGAUAAAAAUGUAGGAAAAAAAUUAUUCUUACAAUGUAACAGUGAAUUCAUCUUAAACUUUUUUUCAAUGAAGCUGAAAACAGUGUUUGAAAUAAGGGGAGAAAGAAAUAUGAAACUUAUGGGGCAAAGUAGAUAUUUGUGUAGUACUUAUGUAGCAUAACAGACAAGUAAAUAUUGUAUAUUGUAUUUGCUGAAUAUUGCUGUGGUCUUAAAUCUCAAGCUAUUUUGAAGUACAAGAUUAAAAAAAAUCACCCUUUCUGAACCUAGAUCAAAAAUGUGAUUACCAUUUUAUCCAUUGGUAUUUAAUGUGAUGUGAGAUUUUUUUCCAGGAUAAUUUGGUUUGAGGACAAAUAUUUUAAUACAUAUAGUAUAUUUUCAACAUUUUGAUUUUUUUUCUUCUUUUUUGUUUUAAUUCAAAAGUUUUAAAACCAAAAUUUUAUUCUUUUUAUAGAUGUUCAGUGUUGUGUUCUUCACAUAUUGGAAAAUGUUUAGUUGGGAAAUUUAAUAAAAAAAAAUAGUUUUGAUAAAUGCACAAUUGUGAAUUUUGAAUAAUUAUUGACAACAUUUUAAGGAAAUAGGUAUUUUUAGCCAUUAGAAAUUGCUCUUAGACAAUUUUGAAAUAGGGAAAACAAUUUGGUUAACUAAUGAUUCACAUAAUAUACAUUGUAUCUCAAAGAAGAAAUAUAUUGUUUUAGUCAAGUAAGAGAAACUUGGAAAAAAAAAUCAGUUUUCUGGAUACAAAUGUAGACAGUGCUGAAUGCUGAUAGCCUAUUUAUUUAUGAUGACUCAUUUAUGAUCCACUUUUAAGUGACUUUGCACUGAAGUAACAUCAAUGUGACAGAAAAAUAACCUGCAUGGCUGAAAAUAGGGUUAAUAGGAAAGAAAUGCUAUAAAGAUAAGAUUUUAGACAUAAAUGAAAUCAUGCCUGUAAAGAAAUUAAUAUUGAAUUGUACUGCUGUUUAUUUAUGAUAUCUUGAGUUUCUAUCUGUAGCAUAACUUAGAAGUACAAUAAUACUGAAUAAAAGUAUGUAAAGAAAAAUUA